AUAUAAUCGAUGGCACAAAGUCUGGUAAUUCAUGCUAUCAAUCGCCUUAUAGUUCAUCACUAAAGCAAAGUGAGGACUGUUUGGUACUAAACAUAUUGACACCAAAUGUGGACAAACCGCUAAAACCUGUCAUGUUUUGGUUGUACGGCGGGGGUCUCAAUGGGGGCACUAUUUUUAAUACAAUGUCCAACGGGUCCUAUUUGGCCGCACAUGAUGUGGUGUAUGUAUCGGCUAACUAUAGGCUCGGAAAGUUAGGCUUUCUAUACGGCGGUAACGGGUCGACAGCACCGGGAAAUGUGGGUCUCUAUGAUCAAGUGAUGGCUUUGAAAUGGAUUAGAGAAAAUAUCCACUCAUUUGGUGGGGACAGGGAUCAGAUCACAGUAUUUGGUGAGAGCGCCGGUAGUCGGUCCAUAUCAGCACUGAUAGUAUCGCCGGAAACUAAGGGUCUGUUCCGUCGGGUUAUUAUGGAAAGCGGCGCUAAUUUGCAUUAUAAGGGACGACAACAACACACAACUGAUGAGGCUUUGGUUGAAUCGCAAACUAUAGCUAAAGCUCUGAAUUGUAGCGAAGAUUAUGAAAGCAAUGAAAUGUUGGACUGUUUGCGCAAAAGAGAUCCCAAAGACUUCAGUAAAUUUCAACAGCAGUUUACUUUCCCAUUGGAGGGAACGGACUUUUUGCCAAUUUCUAUACAACAGGCUUUCCAAGAAGCCAAGUAUAACAAAGACUUAGACAUAAUGGCCGGGGUCAAUAGAAACGAGGGCUCAGCACUAGCCUUAGGAGGCUUUCCGCAACUACACCACAAUAUCACUGAUAAGGAUUUCGAUGAUAUGGUCAUCAAAACAAACACUUCAUACCACGGAUUAGAGUUGCAACAAGUCAGACAAUUUUAUCUCAAAGAAGUCAACAAAAAUCACUCAUCGGAUGAGUUAAGGCAAGCGUUUUACGCGUUUUUCGGCGACAUUCACGUCAAAUGUCCGACAUAUCUGACGGCCAAAAAUUAUGCGGCAAAAAGUAGUUCAAAAAACGGGGUUUAUAUGUAUGAACUGACAUAUGAGUCAAAAUUCGCUAAAAUCAUGGGUUGCGAUGAGAAGACUAUGGGCAUCUGUCACGGAUCGGAACUGGAGUUUGUUUUUGGACUUCCCCUAUGGGUCGACAAAAUCUAUCCCAAAACUCAUACCCAACUGGACGUGGAUUUCAGUUUAUAUGUCAUGAAACUGUGGACUGAUUUCGCUAAAUACGGUAAACCGGACGCCCAAUGGCCACAAAUAUUUGAUAAGAGUUUAAUCAAUAUUAAAGACUUGAAUCCAACGAAUACGAGUCGAGUAUUGGAUAAUCCAUUUGCUGGCGAUUGCGAUGACUUUUGGAUCACUUAUUAUUUUAAUUUAUGUUAA